AUGAAAGCUGUCCUGGCACUUGCCUUUUUCUUUUUCUGGACACAAACGCCUGCAUUUCAGUCGUCUCUUGCAAUCCGUCCUGGCUUCUGGUGCGUUCCCACGCUAAGUCAGUCACGGAGUCGGACUUCCGCAUCCUCGCCGCAUUCCAAAUAUCUUCAAAUUGCCAGCAAUUCCUUAGUGCAACCUGCGGAGUUUGGACCAGAUUUGGCAGUCUCAGCGAGUCACUCUCAUACUUCUGCAGUGCGGACAGAUGGCCGGCUCGUCUGCUUCGAAGCAAAGGGACGAGGGCGGUGUGACGUGCCAGCAGAUUUGGGACCAGUUUUGGCAGUCUCAGCGGGCCAAUAUCAUACUUGUGCAGUGAGGACAGAUGGCCAGCUCGUCUGCUUCGGAUUAAAGGGACAAGGGUGGUGCGACGUGCCAGCAGAUUUGAGACCAGUUUCGGCAGUCGCAGCGGGCGAUGAUCAUACUUGCGCAGUGCGGACAGAUAGCCAGCUCGUCUGUUUUGGACAAAAUAGACGAGGGCAGUGUGACGUGCCAGCUGAUCCAGUCUUGGCAGUCUCAGCGGGCGGUGAUCAUACUUGUGCACUGCGGACAGAUGGCCAGCUCGUCUGUUUUGGAGAAUUUUGGUUUGGGCAGUUGAACGUGCCAGCAGAUUUGGGACCACUUUUGGCAGUCUCAGCGGGCGGUGAUCAUACUUGUGCAGUGCGGACAGACGGCCAGCUCGUCUGUUUUGGGAAAAAUUCUUUUGGGCAGUGUGACGUGCCAGCAGAUUUGGGACCAGUUUUGGCAGUCUCAGCGGGCAGAGCUCGUACUUGCGCAGUGCGGGCAGAUGGCCAGCUCGUCUGUUUUGGAGAAAAUGGACAAGGGCAGUGUGACGUGCCAGCUGAUUUGAGACCAGUUUGGGCAGUCGCAGCGGGCGUUCAUCAUACUUGCGCAGUGCGGACAGAUGGCCAGCUCGUCUGCUUUGGACCAAAG